UAUGAAAAUCACUGAACAUAAAUGACAGAAGAAUGUGAAAAAUUUAAAUUUUACUCAGACAUUAUUUACUUACUACACAUUAUUGACUGCAGAAAAAAUCUUUUAAAAUGGCUAAAGUCUUUCGAGUAUUAAAAACAAUUAAAAAUAAUUGGAAAAAAUCUAUUUUUUUUAGUGCUGUGUUAGCGUAUGGUAGUCAAUAUGCUUAUAAUGAAUACGAGACUCGAAUUUUCAUGACAGAAUGCUGUAAAAAAGUAUCAUUAUACGGAGAUACUCUAAUAUCUUCUGAUAAAAAACCAAAAAAGGUUACAGUGAUUUUAAACCCUGCAGCUAAUAAAAGAUCAGCUACAAAAAAUUUUGAAAAAUACUGUUCUCCAUUACUUCAUUUGGCAGGAUAUUCGGUAAAUGUUUUAGUUACUGAAUGUGAAGGAGGUGCUAGGAGUUUAGUAGAAAAUUUAAUUGGUGAAACUGAUCUUCUAAUUGUAGCUGGAGGUGAUGGUACUUUAUCUGAGGUUGUAACUGGAUUAUUGAGGCGUUUAAAAGGUGAUACGUCUUUAACAGUUCAUUUACCUAUUGGAAUUUUACCCCUUGGUCGUACAAACACUAUUGCUAAACAAUUACUACAUCCUGAUGAUGAAAAUUAUAUUCACUUUCUUGCUAAUGCAACAAUAACUAUUAUUCAAGAAGCUACUACCCCCUAUCCAGUUAUUAAAAUUGAAAAUCUACAAAGCAAAAAUCCUGAAAAAUGUGUAUAUGCAUUAAAUAGUAUUGAAUGGGGUGCUAUGAGAGAAGCUAAAGUAACACGAGAUAGUUAUUGGUAUAUUGGUAAAUUCAGAGAUUUAGCACCAUUUGUAUUUGGCAAUAAAUUAUUAAACCAAACAAUUGAUGCUGAGUUAGAGUAUAGUCCACCAUGUGAUGGUUGUAGUACUUGCUACAGAAAAUCAAGUCCUUCAAAUAAUACACUAUCUAUAUUUUCUUAUAUUGCUUCAUUUUUUACAUUUAAAUCACAUUCUGGUAAAGUUGUAAAAGAUUAUUCAAAAGUAAUAAAUCCAGAAUGUAAUAUUUAUGAAAAACAAUCCAUCAGAUCUUUGAAUGUUAGUAUUAAUUUGAAUGUUGGACCUCAUCCAUCACUUAAAAUUAAUAUCGGACCAGAAGAGAUUUUAUAUAGUGAUUUUGUUAAAGAAGGAUAUCAAAAAUUUAUCGGAAAGUCUGGUGGCAUAAUAAAUUACUUAACAAAAGAAGCCAAAGAAAUAAUAUUGUCACCUCAUACUUAUGAAGAUAAAUGGCUUUCAAUUGAUAAUGAAGAUUAUGAAGUUAAACCAAUGAAGCUCACAUUAAUACCAAAUUCCAUUUAUUUAUUUUGUCCCAUUAAUUCCAACAAUUCAUAUAUGCUUCAAGAUAAAACUGAUGAUAAAUUAAAAUUAUCUAUAGAAAAUUUAAACAGACAAUUUGAAUUUAAACGAUACCAAUAGUUAAUUAUUAUAAAUAUUUAAAUAAUUGCCUGUAUAUAUUAAAUUAAAAA